AUGAAUGUAUCCGAGGCAGCUCCCGUGGGCACCAUCCUUGGAAAAAUCAUGGCAAAUGACAGUGACAUAGGAGACAAUGCAGCUAUGGAUUAUAUAAUAGAAGAUGAUAACCCUCCUAUCAUUUGUAUCAUUACUAAUACUGACACCCAGGAAGGAAUUGUCAUACUGAACAAGACAGUUGAUUAUGAAAGCCAAAGGGCAUACAAAAUAAAAGUUAAAGGCAUUAACCGGCAUGUUGAAAAGCACUUCCUUGAAAAAGACGCUAAGUUUGAAGAUGAAACAAUUCUCAGGAUCAUAGUGAAGGAUGCUGAUGAACCUCCAGUGUUUCUAUUAGAGGAAUUCUUUAUGGAGGUUGCUGAAGACAACUUGAAUGGCUCAUUUGUGGGAACUGUGAGUGCCAGAGAUCCAGAUGAUAUUGACAGUCCAAUCAGAUAUUCUAUUACCCACCACAAGUAUUUAAAGACAUUUUUCAGCAUUAAUGCCCACAAUGGAACAAUUAGUAUAAAUGGACUUCUGGACCGAGAGAAACAAAUUUGGCACAACCUAACUGUUACUGCCAUAGAAUCAAAUAACACUGCCAGGAUCUUUACUACAAGAAGUCGGUUCCAUCAUUCUGAACAAUUUCUUUAUCUCUUGCCCAUACUAAUUGUGGAUAAUGGAAUCCCUGCUCUAACUGGCACCAGCACUUUAACGGUCACUGUGUGUGAUUGUAAUGAAGAAGUUAGCCUUUUGUCCUGUAGAUAUGGAGCGUUCCUGAUUUCAAUGGGGAUUAGCGUACAAGCUUUAGUUGCUAUUGUGGCUUGCCUACUUAUAAUAUUAGUAUUUGUUUUAGCAGUUGUGGCUUUGAAACACCAAACAAAGCCAGCAGCAUUUCACGAGAAAGGAGAAAUAUUCAGAGAGAAUAUUUUCAAGUAUGAUGAUGAAGGAGGGGGAGAACAGGACACUGAAGCUUUUGAUAUUUCGGCACUGAGACCACAAACUGUUCUGCGACCUCACAAGCCACGAAGAAAUAUUACAACAGAAAUCCAGAGCCUUUACAGGCAAUCUCUUCAAGUUGGUCCAGAAAGUGCAAUAUUCCGGGAAUUCAUUAAUCAAAAGCUAGAAGAAGCCAAUUGUGAUCCAGAUGUUCCUCCUUAUGAUUCCCUCCAGAUUUUUGCUUUUGAAGGAACAGGUUCAUUGGCUGGGUCCCUUAGUUCAUUGGAAUCAAACUCAGUAGGAUCAUUUAUGAAUGACCAUUAUGAUUACCUUGUUGAACUAAGACCUCAAAUCAAAAGUCCAGGAAGCAUGAAUGGUCACAGUUCAGCAGAAUGGUUAAGUGUUAAGAAGUGCUAAUAUCAAACAAGCGGGAAAGAAUUGGAAGGGUGAUUAGGAUAAUCUGAAAAAAUCAGAAGACAGAGAAAUUGAUGGCUGUGCCAAGUACUGUUAAACUCAGCACAAAUCUUAUUGUUGACACAUCCUUUUCUAAUACACACUAUCACAACUGGAAAAAAAAUGUCAGCACAUGGGAAUAAGAGAUCAGCCACACACAUUCUUAAAAAGAAGAUUCUGAAAUAAAUAACAAAUUGUGCUACUCUCAGAUUAUCUUUUGGGUCUUAGCAGGCACAAGUAUAUUUUAUUUUGCAAAUACCAUAUUAAAACCAGGAGCAGAAUCUAUAUUUUCUAAGAAAGUUUUCAGCAAAAGAAAGACAUUAGAGUGCAGAAUUUUAAUUUUUGAACUAUUUACAAAACUUUACAUAU